AUUUCAUGAAAUCUUUAACUUUCCCUUUUUCCACUACCUAGAACCUGCCGAAACCACUCUAUCCAUCGAACAAAGUCACAUGCCCCAUAACCACAUACAUACCCAGCUUAGUCAUCGCAGCCAACGGGCACUGAUUGCUCGAUACGCAUGUGUGCUUGCGAUAGCCCGUCCCCAAAAACAUGCCAACAAAUAAGUCGCAGCCCAACUCCCCUCACUCAAACCCCGCCCUCGAAAAAAAGAAAAAAUAAAAAAAAUAAAAUCAUAAAGCGAACCCGGACCGAAAGAAACUUCUAAAACCGCACCCCGGGUUGUGGGGGAAAAAAAUCUAAACAAAACCAAAACAACUCGGCAAAGAUGACAAUAACAACCUUCACCUCCGAUCCGAACCUCACGAACCUAUCUCUAUCACGACUGCUCGCCCGACUUGAACAUAAUCUACUCUCGUCCUCCGCGGACCUGAAACCGCUUCGACGGUCGGAAUAUCAGCGUAUGAGGGUUGGAGCUAAUAUAGAGUACGCCCGCGCAACACUCCAGGAACUAGAGCGAAGUCUCCCGCAGAUUAAACCAGUCGAUCGUCGGCAUGAAAUUAAAUCGGAUAUUACCCGGGACCGACAGAUUCUGAAACAGUUGCAGAGUGUACUAGAUCAACUAAAUGUCGAGGCGGAUGUACAGUUUCCCGUGAAAGGGGGGCAGGAUGUAGAGGGUGUUUACGAGGUCGAGGACGAGGAGUCACUGGACGGAGAGGAUUUCCUCGGGACACCGGAGGAGACAAGUACAUAUGAUGAAGGGCGGGAGUUAGUAGAGGGGAAGACGGAGGAUAAGGAGAAGACUGCUGCGACGGAGAAAUUGAGGGCGGUCCCUGGGCAUGAGUCUGAGACUAUGCACAACGAGAUGACGCGGUCGACGACGACGGCUGAUGCUACAGCUACAGCUACAAUUUCGCCGACACCAUCGUCGACCUUACGAAACCGAUAUAAUAGCCCGACAGACGCCCCGGCCACAGCCACAGGUUCCUCUCUACAUGAUCAUAAUACAAUGGCACAGCCGUCUUCGAGUAAGGUCCAAUCAACGGAAGAAACGCUUGACACACAUCGUCGCGAACAAGAAGACCUUACCAACUCUCUUUUGUCCCUUGCAACGCAGCUUAAAUCUUCUUCGCAAGCUUUCCAAUCCUCGCUAGAAUCCGAAAAGUCUGUGCUGACCCGUGCCGUCGAGGGCCUAGACCGCACGACGGGCAACAUGGAGGCCGCAGAGCGACGGAUGGGGUUGUUGCGUCGCAUGACAGAAGGCAAAGGGUGGUGGGGACGGAUGAUGCUUUAUGCGUGGAUCUUCGGAUUAUGGCUCGUUGCGGUAUUGAUUGUAUUUCUCGGUCCGAAAUUGCGUUUCUGAUACGCAUCUAUCUAUCUUAUGUUUAUACAGCGUUUUAUGUAUGGAGUACGGGUGUUUGGAUGGGCAUCUAUCUCCAUAGCAGAAUUUCAACCUCCGCAAGGUCUUGAUAUCCAUGUACAUACAGCGCAACGGAUUUAGAUAUGUUCAACUCGAGUGAUCUUCAUUUUAA